AUGUCCAAUUGCUGCGGCUGCAUUCGUGGAUGCACCACGGACGCUUACGAGCCGCUGAGCUCGCAAAUCUCCCGUGGCAGCAUCAGGCUUCCCAAGGAUGCCAAAGAAGCUCUCAGGAGCCCGAGGAAUCAGCGGAGAAAGCUCAGCGUUCGGUACGACGCUGUCAGGCCUGCUGGAUCCGCAAGCGAUCAGUCAACACCGCAUCGCCAGUUGCCAGGCAGUCUACGGGGUUCCUUGAGCUAUUCUUACAGCCACAGGCAUAACCACCUCCACAGACAUGACCCACCGCUACCGCCGGCCUAUUGUGCACCACCUCCCCCGGUGUCCUCUAAUUACUCCACAGUGCAACGUGGCUGCGCCCUGCAUUCGAGGCUCGACCAGCCGGUGACCAGCUCGACGUCCGGAAUGGACAGCAAAAAGGUUGUCCAGGCGGCACCCCUACCCGUACCUGUCCAGGUACGUAGCAAGAACGAUGGCUCGGGGGUGGCUGCGUCGGUGUCGGGGGUUCGCAGACGGAGCGGUUCACAAGGUUUGCGAUCGCCAGCCGCGAAGAGGCCACUCUCCGCUCCCGUCGCCCUUCAGGGUUGGCUACACAAACAGGGCUCCGAGGGUCUCAUGCUGUGGAAGAAACGGUGGUUCGUCCUCUCCGAGUACUGUCUCUUUUAUUACAAAGGCCCGGAAGAGGAGAAAUUGCUGGGUUCGAUAUUGCUACCAUCGUACAGAGUUACCGUCUGCAAGCCUGAAGACAAGGUCAACAGAAAGUUUGCGUUCAAAGCCGAACACGCCAACAUGAGGACUUACCAUUUCGCGGCUGACAGUCGCGAGAGCAUGAAUCAGUGGGUGAACGCGUUGACUCUGGCGACUCUUCUUCAAGAUCCUAGCCCAGGGGGCGAGGCAGCGGUGGUGAUCGAAAUAGCAGGCCAGCAAGACGGGGAACGAAGCGCGAGACCUAGCGUCUCCUCGAUCUCAUCGAUCCUAAAUCAAAGCGCCGACGACAGCGAUUCAGGCUUCCACGGUUUCCAAUCGCGCGACGAUCCCAGCCACGCUUCCAACAACAACUCCAGCCCUAACAGCGUCAACACCGCCUCCUUCCCCAAUCUCAGCGGCAGCAACGGGAACACUAACCCCGCCAACGGAACCAACAACAACAGCACCGCCACCAACAACAACAAUAAUAACAUUGGGAACGCGACUAUUAAUAACACGAACGAUGUUCAGCCGAUGGUGAACGGUUGGAUUCAGCAACAGUCCCAGUACGGACAGCCCAGCACGUCGCAGCAUCAGCAACAGCAACAAUACGGGCAACUGAUGCCAUCCUCUCAACAAUUGCAGCAGAGCUACGCUCGCCAGCACCAAGCGCUGCUCCACCAACUCCUGCCCCAUCAGAACGCCACGCAGAACCAUCAGCAGCUCCAUCAUCACAAGCACGUACCUCAACAACAGCAAACGCAACCUCAUCAAACGGCCAGCAACGUUCAAACUGUUCAACCCAUGCCCAGGAAGUUCGGGCAACCAAUCUACGCGAACGCCCCACCGAAACCCAGAAGACUGACCGACGGAUCCACGGAGUAUUCGACCCCCUCCCCAGACCCUGACUACAGGAAGUCGCCUGUGUCGCCCGACGUGACGGUUACCAGCAAGAGUCCCAUCUCUGACUACGACAGAGGCAGCGUGAUCUACGGAACGAGGAUGAAUCAGCCGUCCCAGCAGAGCCUGAGGACGGACAAGUCCGGCUUGAAUUACGGCUACGGUCAGGUGCAAACGGAGAGAAGGACGCCAGACACCUAUGGUCGUAGCGCGGCGAUACCUAGGUCAAGCAGAGGGAACGGGGACUACGAGGAGGUUUACGGCGUCCCUCAGUUAUACCAGAGACCUGCUGGACCCGUUGGAUACUCAAAGGGAGCUUCCCCUGCUCCCAUUCCGAUCCCUGUUUACGCGCAACAAUACCAGCAGCAUCAGCAACAGAUACAUUCCCCUGUCGCAUCCGUCAAUGUCCCGAUAAUGAGACAGCCCAGAGCACAGCCACCCCCACGGCCUCACAGCGCGGACUUCUUGGAGUACGAGGCGACCAGAAGACCUCAGCUGCAAGUGCAACAGCAGUCCGAGGAGGCGUUGAACCAACAGAGGCGUCCACAGAGGCCUAAAUCGAGCUUAGACAUCGUCACUCCGUCAGACGUUGCGAACGACGGAUAUUUCUAUUCAGAGGAAAGGUACGCGGCACAAAUGCGACAGUCCGCGGUUUACCUCCACCAGACGCCUCAGCAUCACCAGCAACAAAGGAACCAAUCACUUUCGCGGGCGACAAUGCCGUCGAAGGCAACGGGGAUCCGCGACAGAGGCGACGAAAGUAGAAUAGCAACAUUGCCCGAGGCUUCGUGCUCUGGGUUGAGACGAGGACAGCGGGAACACGUUCAUCAGCAGCACGUGGUGUCGCAUCAAUCGCUUCAUAGGCAUACCGAGAUAAACAGCAACGAUGCGAAGCUGAGGAGGUCCUUGCGUGAAAAGAGUUACGAGACGAGCAGUCGAGAGAUGUUGACUCAUAUAGAGGAUGGAACGGUGCCACGAAGAAUUCCACGGGAAUACGAGUCGUCUAUGGGGUGGGGCAGACCGUCGAGCCAGGGGACUCACGUGGCUCAAUCGUGUCACGCUCCUCACGCCAAUGCCAGACGAUGGAACGAGCAGCAACAGUUCUGCAGGUCGGCGUCCGCGAGGCUUCCGAGGACACGACAUCCGGCAGCUCUCGACCCGGACGACGACGACUACGGGGAACGAUCUUCGGAGCAAGACUCCAGGGAUGGUGAACGCAAGAUCCAGCAGAGGGAGGAAUCAAUGAAGCGACUUCUGGAAUGGAAGCAGCGAAUGCUGCAAUCUCCCCUAACCCGGAAGCCAUCUGGUUCUGCAAACAGAGGCAGAGCGCAGAACGAGCUUUCGAGCUAUUACAAGCAACAGGCGCUUCUGGAGCUGGCUGCUCACGAAGCGUCCGUGGCAGAGGGUCGUCAUUCGCGAAGAAGAGAGGAAGCUGGUCAUCGUCCCCACGCCAGAAGCAAGAGCACCGACGGUCGACGGACGGUCGCCAACGUUUCACGAUACAACAGCUAUUCCAGCGACGACGAAGAGCUGGGAGAUGUCCGGAGGAAGCGCACGCGCAGACCCUCGCAUGCAGGAAGGAGCCCCCGGCAGGUCGGAGACAGUCGUUCGUCGGUCCAAGACACCGUCCCUGGAACGGGCCAGCAGAAUCAGAGCGCUCCUCGACUCUCGAACGAUCGCAAAACGAGCCCCACCGCUUCCGUGCUGCCCAUUAUGGGUGGAAUACCCCCAGACGCCGGCUACGAGGAGGUCAGCUUCCCCUCGACGAGGAACGACCGUUCCCCGCCGUACCUGACCGUGGAACCGAGGUCCGUCGUCAGGAACGAUCAAGAUCAAGAAGCUUCCCUCGACGAGGACAAGUUCAAGAAGAAACCGUCGGGAAUCCUGAAGACUCCCACCGUCUACAGCGUCGACCAACCCGUCAACAGCUCGAACGCGUCCAUCGAGUACGCGUCGGAUACAUGGUCGAGUCAGAAGAACAUCCAAUGGACGACCAGGAAGGAAAGAGACGACUGGGACACCAACAUCGACGAGAGCACGGUUAUCAGAGAGUUCUCGUAUCAAUACAUCAAGCCCAAAGACGAGGAGUUCGGAAACGAGGACAGAUCUCCUGGCAAAUCGGAGACCAUGAAUCUGGUGCAGUGCAGGAUCAGAUCCUUCGAGCAGAGCAUAGACGGGUCUAGUCCUGUGAAAGAGGUGUUGGCUAUGCAGGAACCUUUGAAAGUGUCGCCUCUUCAAGCGACCGAGGCUCACGUUUCCAAGUUAGAUUCGUCCAAGAAGACAUCCUCCGUGAUUCGUAGCUUUGCUCUAGGUGAGCUCGAGUCACAGGAUUCGAAGUGCAGAGACGUUAAGAACGGCCACGCUAAGCAAGCAUCUACUGACAGCAAUAAAUCGGUGAAGGACUUGUUGGCUGAUUUUGAGAGAAAGUCCCAGCAGAUUCAGAGACAGGAAUAUGGACGGCGUCAAGAGGUGAAGCACCGCGGAGUGUUCAGCGACUCGGAAGCUUUGCUCUACGACACGGGGAGCAAUUUGGAUCAACGAGACUGGAACGAAGACACGCAGGACGAAAGGGACGUCAGGAUGGAUCAACGCGUACCCGAGCCGAUCAACGAGGACAACGUUUACACCGACACGGUGAAGAAAAAAGCUGAUGUGUCCUUUAGGCGCAAGAAGAGGUCGUCUUCCAGAGAAAGCGUAAGCGACCACGCUACACCUACCGAAGAUAUGGACAUGGUAUCCAAUCCCAGCUGCACAAGGUUAAGCGUCACGGAAUCGUUGUUGACGCAUGGCGAUCGGUAUUCCGAAGAUAGCGACACGACGAGUCCCACCGUGAAGCAAGAAGACAUCAGUCCAGAGGAGCACUACCUUCCCAUGUCCCCUAGAAAAGCCAUAUUAGAUCCUAACUGCGACGAUCGACCGAAUCCACAGAUGAUGGAGAGCUUGUUCGCUAACUUGGAACACGAGGAGAGCUCGUAUGUAGAGAUGGCGCAGAACGGCAUGACACGUUCCCUUUUGGCACCCAACGACGAAGGUAGGAAGCACGAUUCCGGCGAUUACUCGACCUUGGACACGCCUCACUACGAGUUCGUUUGCGUCUCUGACAGCAAGAUGGAGCCCGUUUACAUGGAAGUCAGUCAGCUCUCUGAAAAGGAAGAAAAGGACAGUGGGAAAAUGUCCUUCAAGAAGAGGUCCCCGCACGACGACCACGCGCACUCGAGGUCAGACCUGCCAGAUAUCUUAACGGCUCUUAAAUCUGACAGCUCAGACGCUGACGAUGAAUCGUCGAAGGAUCUAGACUCCAUAGACGCGCCACGACACCCUAGAUUCAGUUUGUCUGACACCUUCCGACCUGCAUCCUACUACUUAGGCGCCAGUCGGACCAUGAUCGCGGAGCUUCACGAUUCCUCGGACAGCGAACUGGUGUCCCCUCCUCCGAUUCCAACUUCUCCGCCGCCUAUGGACGACUUGGAAUCCCUCGACAUGCAGGAAUCGUUGGAGAUCAAGAAGGUGUCGCCUCAGGUAGCGGUGACGAAGGAUAACAGCUCGAACAGAGACUCGCCCAAGUCCUGGAAUAAGCCAAUGGGUCAGAUCGAAACUCACAGACCUCCAUCAAGGUUUUCCGAUGCUACGAUCAGCUCCACCUUUAGGGAUAGUCGGAUUUCCUUGGAGAGCGCGUCUGGAAGCGAUUCGGUGGAGUUAAGGACGCCGGAAGAGGAAGCUAGGCACAGGCAGUUGAAAACUAGGCCCAUCAGCGAGGUCUGCGACGUUCUGGAUAGCUUGGACGAGUUGGAGUCCCUCGGGAGUCGAUUUGACGGAGCCAGCAUCGACUUGGAUCAGUACUUGGAGGAACUGCAGGCUCGCGACGCUUUCAACGUGGAUCUGUACGCGAAAGAUCUCAGCUACAACAGCAUCUACGGCUUCAACGAAAACAUGAUGGUGGUGGACAAGCUUCAAAAAACUACCUGCCACAAUCUCUCCAGACAAUCCAACCUGGGUGGUCUCGAACAGUCCCUGCGGUAUGGUGCAGCGAACAAGAUGGGAUCCGCCAGCAGCUUGCCUUCCAUGAGAGUCUGCGACAUUCCUCCUUCUCACCAACACUCGCAGUCCUUUACCGGAGACGCCCAUUACGAGAAUGUUACCAGCUUCUCUCCACUGAGAAGUUCACCAGCUAUUCGAUCGGACACCGAGCAGACUCGAGAAGGCAACCACAGGCUUCGAAGGACUUCCCAGAACAAUCUGAUGACGUCUUCUCACAGCAGGGAGUCCAGUUACUCUCUGGCCUCAGGAGCAGCCUCGAUCUCCACCUCCAUGGCUUGCCAGAGGCCCGCCAGCGCGCAGUCGUCGAUCCACUCCCCUACUGGCUCCAUUUCUUUAGGAAACCACGGCAACAGCUUAGUCGCAAAUGUCCUGCGAAACGCGAGUCCUUACUCCGACCAACGAUUCCACAAUCACUCCAGAUCCGCUAGCCAGGAUUCCGCUCGGUACUCCAUGAUAUCCAAUCACAGGUCGUCGUCCAGCCAAGAUUCCAGUCACUAUCCGACUUCGUCGUCGACCAUCAAGGCGAAUCCAGGGCCUCAAUCCUACUUGCCAACGGAGACGCGACCUCAGAGCGAACAGCCAGGUGCGCCGUAUUAUUAUUCGGAUCUCCAAGCCAGCGUCAACGCCGCAGACACCGAAUCCGCCAAGCCAAUCGGUCACACUUCGAGAUUACCCCAGUUGAAUAACCAGAGAGACGACGCUUCCGCGUUGAACAAGAGGAACGACAUAGGUCGCAUAGUGAAUCCCAUCGCGAGACAGAUGCCCAGGCAGAUUCAAGUGGAAGACAUCGACGAAGCUAGACGCAUAGCUGCGGAACUCAGGAAGACAACCUGCCAACUGCUGGGCGACAACAAAGUGGAUCUCGUGGACAAGAAGAACUUCUACGAAGCGGAUACUCUCAGAAGGGUCAAGUCCACAGACCCUCUGCCAGAUAUCUCGUCCGCGGAAAUCAGCACCAGGAACUUGUAUCCCCACGGACUUCGAGACAAGUCGAACGAUCAAUCGAGUCUUCGAGAAGCGUUCGAGUUGAUGCAGGUGGUGCAAACGUCGCAUCGCAGGUCCAGGUCGCUGGAGGGUCUCUUGGACGACGUGGGUCUUCAGAACCUGGUAGAGCAGAGGAACCGUAGCAACCGCGUGGCGACGGUUCAGCCCACGCAGGCAGAGGAAACACAGCCGAAUUUAAACGCUGGCGACGUCUCGACGUCCAGCAAUAACUUCAGCGCGGAGGACCCGUGGGAACAGGACUCCCUGUGGAGAGAAAGUCUACGAAGAGUGAGCCUCAGGAACGCCAGGUCCUUGGAUAACCUGGACAGUCCUCCAAGACCCCCACCGUCCUCUGGUGCGGACGCGAAACGGAACAAGAUCACCCGUGGCGCGACUUACGUGAACGACAGCGUGGUUCUCAGGAGGGACAACUGCCUGGAGGAGAACACUGAGAGGCCUCGUGUAAAACGCAGACCGAACAAGGACGAAGAUGGCCAGCAGACCGUCGACGAUCUGACCUACGAGAGCCUCUCGAUGGAUAGGAUACACGCAGGUGGUUACGUCUGGGACGCCCAGAACGAGGCUUACAGGAAGGCGACGGCCGAGGACACGAAUCAUUUUUUAGAGGAAGGCAACCUUCCCCCGGUUCGCUUGAUCUCGGAAACGCAGAUGUCGGGCACGACGUCCGCGUCGUUCGAGCUCGACCGAGAGAAACUCAGGCAGUGGGACCUGCUGUCGAGCGCCUGCUUGCUCCAGGAACAGCAGCGCAGCUCGAUGGCGGACUCGGGGCGAGGGUUGCCAACGUCAGAACGACCUGGAGACGUUCUCGAUUCAAGGAACAGCACGCACGCCACGACUGGCGCCAGCACCACCACAACGAACGCGACCACGACGACGAUCGGCAACGAACCGGAUGUCGUGUUAAAGGUGCUACCCACGGGCAUACAGGACGUCUCGACGCCGUCGACCACCACGACGAAGGGGACGACCAAGAGGCAGGAGCUGAACGAGACCAAGGAGGCUUGUAACAGAGCUACAGCUUCCGGGUCUGGGUCGGUGAUAGGAAGGGAUCCGUUGCCGCCGAGGGCUGUCAGCACGUCGCAGCUAGCUCAAAGAACACAGACGCAGCCACCAGCCACCACCGUGUCUACCCUUCCCUUGGCGAGGGCUAACGCUGGACACAGACAACCCUUGCCGCUUCAUCAGUCCACCCCACAGUCGGUCAGGCAGUCGGAGAACGAUGUGAACGUCAAUUCGCAUAUCUUGCGUGCUGCCAGCAGCGGUGACAUUGGAACGGGUUCCACCAUGCUCAACAACAACGAGGGGAAGGAUCUCAGGCUAACAUCGCCGAGCGGCCAUUCCACUCAACGACUGAUGAGCCCUGCUGGAGCCUUAAGGGUUGUUUCUUUGAACGACCAUCGUGUUUCCAGCCCCAGCGAGAACGAUAUACGAGUCCACAGUCCAAUCGAGAGGAAAAUGGUCAGCCCGAUCGGGAGAGAAGUGGACCGCGGCGGGGGCACAAUGGCCGCGAGGCAAAAUCACCGUGCAUGGGAGUGCAACGAGUUGCUGCACAAGAGGAGCAACGUCGUCAUCGGUUCCCAGCGAGCUGACGGCAUCUACAAGCUGGCACAACAUGGCGGCCAUGGUCUGGUUCGUGUAUCCGCUGGUGAACUUCUCGGCAGGACCCACGAGGAGCUGGUGCUUCUGCUGAUCCAGCUGCGACGGCAAAACGCCACCAUCUACAAAGCUAUGGAGACCUGCCACAUGGAGAUCGAGGCACAGGCUAGAUUAGCAGAGCUCGACACUCCGCGGCGAUUGGAGAAUCUUCAGAAACUCGAGGAACUGAAGAAGCACCUGAUGGAUCUUGAAAAACAGUACGAGAAAGGCAAACCGUUGGUGAACCUCGUGGACAACAUGGUGAAGCUGGGCUCCCUGUACAAUCGCAACACUGCCAAUGGGACCAACAGCGUCUCAGGUUCGCGACACGACCUGGCGCACGAUAACACCAGGGACCAUCGUUUGGAGUUCAACCAGAAGGUACAGGAGCAACGUUUGCUGGCCGAGGAGCGACGGGACUGGGAUCGAUUGAGCCCUGAUCACGGACAGUUGCAGGCCAAGGUGCAGCAGCUCUACAAGUUGGAUCGCCUGCUCCAGGAGGAGUCUGGAACGCUUCACAGUCUCCAACAAGACAAGGAGCUCCUGGAGAAAGCGCUGGGCGGCCUUCGUCACAAACUGCAAGGCAGCAGAAGCAACUUGGUGGAAGCUGAGAGAUAUCGGAAACAGCAGCUGAUGCUGGAGAGGGAACUGAGCAGAGUGAGGGUGUUGCUAGCGCACAACUCCAAGGUAAAGCCGGUAUUCUUCCAGAAACUCGAGGAGACGGUUGCGGAGAACGCGAGGCUGGAGCAAGACCUGGUGGUGCUACGACAAAAGCUUCAAGCGUCGAGGAGAUACGCUGGGAACAUGACCAGGGACACCUCGGCCACGACAGGUCCCCUCGAGGCGGAGUUGAGGAGGGUUCAGCAGCUGGUUGGCGAUCUUCAGAGACAACGCAAGGAGUUGAGCGUUCAAGUCAGACAGUUGACCGAGAAAUCUCAUAGCCUGGUGCAGCAGAUUCGACCGCAACCCCCUCCUGCUCCUCAAGUUCAUCAACCUAAGAAGCGCACGCAUAAUUCUUGGCUAGAGACCGAUUUGGAUUCCGGAAUAACCUUGGACCACGGUCUGGACUCGCCCUCCAGUCCAGCCCUCUCUUCAUCGCCACGUAGCAAGCAGAACGGUGUCCCCUAUCCUCACUUUGCAUCGCCAACGCAGAUCAAAGACCCAUCUCCGACGAGUCGCCAACAGAACCCACCACCAUUCGCUCAGUCACCGCAGAAUCAUAUAUCGACACUAUCUCCUCAAUUGCGAGAGCAGAUCCAACAGCAUCAGUUGAAGCAACAGUUGUUGAAGGACCAGAUGCAGGGCAAGGGGAGCAUUAUGCAAGUCAACGUCGCGCCGUUAUACGUCAACACGGAUUCCAGGAUUCAAGAUAGCAACAAGCACGAUGAGAACAUGACAAAUGGCACAUCGAUUCCUGCACCCGAGUACGUUCCACCGCCUCCGCCGCCACCUCUAAACGAUGAAACCUUGUUGAACGAUAACUAUAGGCUGAACGAGGACAACAAGUUUGCAGGCUUGAUGCACAACCGUGAGAAACAGGAGAUUAAGACCGUGCGAAUCGUGAAACGGGAAUCGGAAAGACGGCAACGCGAUCGAGGAGAUAGGACAGGAAACAUUGGAAUUCCAUUAACGAACGGGCUUCAAGCACCUGGGGGCGCCAAGAGAUUAUGCGAUGACGAUCUAGGAGGUUCCCAAAAGUUCGAGAAGGCCCAAUUAGGAAGAGUGGUAGAAGAAUCGCAGCCGAUGAUUCACGCUCAGAGCACAGUCCAGCUGACGGAUUUGGACGACGUGCAGUUCCAAAGAAGCAUGUCCUUGCCGAGAGGUUUCGGUGGACAGCGGCAGCAGCAACCCGAGAUACACCAUGGUCCAGUCGUGCCUCCUCCUCGUAGCGACAGCAUGCAUGCGCUGAGGAGCAUGCUGGCUCGACGGAACAAAGUCAGGUUUGAAAGUCAGGACGGCAGCUCGGACAGUACCCUGUCCCCGUACACCGAGAGUUUAGGUUCGAGCUCCCACGUGCCCAUGAGCUCGCCAAACUACUCCACCAGUCCGUCGUACAGUCCAAGCCAUCAGAAUUACCCUGGCCAACCGAUGAUGAUGAGACCGAGCCAUCAUCAGCAGUAUUACCCGCAGUACAGACAUUACGAGAACCCGAUGCCAGGGAAGAUCGAGAGUCCCACGGACACUGUGAGCCCUGAACUGUUGCCACCCGCGAAACUCGAGCCACAGGACAGAGCUUUCGGCUCGAGUUUAAACGUGAACACUCCGAACUCGCCGCAGCUGUCGCCAGUGUUUAAGAGCGAGGCUGCGAAACAGAUCAUCAAGGAGAUGACGGAGAAAAAGGUCGAGGGACCUAGGCGAAGGCAGAUACCCCGCGAGAAAAGACGCCACUAUACCGUGUCCAGUAGCAAACCCGUUCUCGAUUUAGAAGACGCCUUCUCGAAGAUGGGAAUGGGUAGAGCAAGGGACGACCUGGACAUGGAGCGAGCUUUGAGGCCGAGGAUCAAUGCUCCAGAUGUUGUGAGGUCAACUUUGAGCCACAAGGAACUCAAGUAUAACGAGAGCACCAUCGAUCAGCUCCUGGGGACUCCGAACAAGAUCGUCAUCCCCGAAAGAUAUAUUCCCGAGCAGACACCAGAGUUAACCGCAGAGGAGCAGGAGCAUCGCUUGAAGAAAGCUGAGGCAAUCAGGAAAAUGCUGUCGGAAACGACUGUGACUGCACCGGAAGGAAACGACGACAAUAUUAACGUAGAACAAUCAGACAAUUUGAAGAGGAAGGUGGUCGAGGAGAAGCGGCAGAGAGAACACAUUCUCCAGCUGAAUCAGAUAUUGGCCAAACAAGUUAUGGAAAAAAGCAAAAUGGUGGCGGUGAAAGCAUUGGCCACCCUUCCUUUGAAAACCGAAUCGAGCUUAGACGACGAUGAUCUCUCGCCUGUAACACCAUUACCGCUCUAUCAGCAGAGAGAGAAUUAUUAUUCAUAAGGUGAAAAUCCCUUGGAUACCGCUACCAAAAAUAUGGUUACCCGUAAGGAAUCCUUUUAGCACAAAGAACACUACUGCCAGCCCGGAACAACAGAGCGACGAACACCUAUCCCGCGAGUAACAUUUUUUGACAUUAUACAGGUGACUCGCCUGACACAUGCUGUUAUGAUUAACACUAUUGUUAAGGAGAACUGAUAUAAGGUGUUUUUUUAUUUGCGUCGAUAUUGUACAUAAUCAUCGAUUAAAUAAACUGAUAAUAAAUAGUCGUCCCUCUCGAGCAUCUCGACAAGGUCUAGGUAAUAAUGGGUGUCGAACAGAACUAGGUAAUUGAUAUUAUUUAUAAGAGAAAAUAGUAAAUAUCGAAGCAAUUAUUUCAAUCACGUAUCACGAGAAUAAAGAAACGUUUAAUUUUUUUUAUGCUUUCUUUAUUUUAAACGAUUUCAAUUUCCCUGUCGGUAGUAAGUAUAAUUUAGUUUGAUCGUUUAGCGCGAGGUGGAUUCUAUUUACUAUUUUCUACUUUAAACCUUUUACCAUUUCACGUCAAGAAUUCGACCGAUAAGUGUCAUUUUUAUCUUUAGCUACCAAGGAAAUGACAUCAAUUGUCAGACAUAAAUUUUGAUGAAACUUUGCACAAACAGAUUCUACUGUUUGAGACUUUUGUUAACGAAAUAGUUUUAAAAUUUAUAUUGUACUAUAUACACUUAAAGCAAAUGGUUUUAUUUAUACGGUAUCGCUCAUAAUUAUUCGAACGAUAAUUAAUUUAGAAUAUAUUCUAAUUACUAAGCUAGGUUUCCAGUACUCCACGUGUUUACCGUUUAGUAUUAAUGAAUUUUAGAAUAUAAAAAUUUCAAUUCUAAACUACCUUAUUCUUUGGACCACUUGGUUAUUCCAAAAAAUUUGAAGAUUUGUUGCAAUUAUUAUUCAUUUUUAUCCAUACUUUAAAAUUCUCUGAACAGAGUCGUUGGAGUAAUCACGAGUGAUAGUGUAUAUACAUAUUGCAAAGAGUUAAAGAGUUAAGAUAAAGAAGUAAGGUAGAGUUUAAGGUUGCGUUUAUGAUAGGUGCUACGAGUGGCGCAACAUAGUGACAGAUUAAGAAAGAUUGCUAUGAAUUACGACCGCCAACGUUGAACUGACUGAGACAAGAACAGUUUUGCGGCAUGAAACAUCAACGAGGUAGGAAAUUUCACCGAAUACAAUCAUUUUUUAUUUUUGUUACUACCAAAAUUACUUUCUUUCCAUUAAAUGUUGCUAUGUCCCACAGAACAUAGUUUCUGUGAUGUAAACCUUUUUUAUAUUUACAGUUUAUUCAUCGGACGUUUAGUUUCAAAAAUGAAAAUUAAGACCACUUGUUCUUAUAGAUAAUUAUUCUUAUGGAUAGACUUUCAAGUUGCACUUCGUUUUGUUAUUGGAUCCCAAUUAUACAAAUAUUGGUUUUCUAUGAACUUGUAUAAUUUCUAUGACUUUCUAUUUAAUUUAUCGCGUAAUACAUAACCGUCACACAAAUGAAAAAAAAUUCAGAACAAAGUCGCGACCAAUCAAUUCCAAAAAAGAAGACGUCUAAUUGAAUGAAAUUCGCCGUUUCGAGCCGCAAAAUUCGUUUAAAUUCAACGCAGCCGAGCGCAUGAACUUACACGACGAACAAACCUAAACACUCGCCAUCCUGACUCCCAUUCGACACUUUUCUUACAAAUGUGUUCGUGCAAAUGCCUGCGUUUCGCUGACGUUGAAUCGCCUAUAUUUUAAGGAAUAGGUACAUAACAUAUAUAUAUAUAUAUAUACGCUUUAGAAACGUCCUGUAAUAGCGUUCUGCAUUGUUUCUAUCGACGUGUGGUAUUUUAAUGUUUAAAGCAGCGUGUUUCGUACCCCCUUUAAAAGACGAUUCUCGUGGCUACGGUCGUCUUCAACGAUCCCAACGAGAGAAACGACUUUGGAAGUGUGUUUAGACGAGUUCCACGACGCGGACACACGGUGCGCAACGUUCCAGCAACGCUACAUCGUUCUAUCUAAUGGAGAACGAUAUUUUGUUAUCCUCCUGACACGAAGUUUCGAGGAACCACGAACACGACAGCGUUUAGACGCAGACGGUCGUGCAACCAAUGUUUCCGACCGAGACGAGACUCUAACUCUCGCGAGACGUGCAAUCUUGUUAAAAGUUAUUAGACGAUUGAAAAAGCGUUCUGGCAAAGUCGAAGAGUGCCAAAUUACACCCAACAGAUCAGCCGUGAGUCACGGCGACUGUUCGUCAAUUACAAUAACCGCAAGCCGGGCGAGAACUAUAACGCGCAGCACAAAACGAUUAAACCUAAGGCUCAACCUCCCCAAAAACGACCAUUCGUCCCACGAAUGGUGUCUAAUUAAUCACGAUAAUUAAGGAGCAAACGCGACACGUUUCUAUUACUCGAGAACUCUUCGAUCCGCUGGCAUCGACGUUAGGAAUAAUUUUUUAUAAUGUUACAAUUACAAUCCUCGGUCGACGACUAUUCUCUGAGGGGAUGGAGAAGGUACCCGCGACUCUGGUCGUUUAGGCGCCGUUUUUCAGGCAGUUUCGGAUCAGAAAGGAUCUCGAACAGCCGCGAGGUCAACGCUCGAGAAACGAGGAUUUUUAUCGGUCGUUUAUCGAGACGAGCUCCUCGCUUCGGUCCAUGGGUACCGGCAAUUAAUUUCGAUACACCACCGUAUCUGUGAUUUCUUUCAGGUAGAACGUAAGUGAAAAGCUAUUUUGUGAUUAAUCCGUGCUUACCAAAGUGGAGGAAUCAUAUUUGAAUUCAUUAGAUUUAUUUAAAUUUUGCUUUCAUUCGAAUUUGCUAAGUAGCAAUUUUUCCAAAGUUUCACUGUCUUUGACUGUCUUUCAUUUCUCCUCCAGUGGACCCCACAGAUAAUUUUUAUUCGUAAUUCGUUCUUUCCGAGGAAAUCUACCAAGGUGAUUUCACAAGGGAUGUUGUGAAUCAUAUAUCGUUCUAAUGUAAACCUCGUCGUCUGGCAAGUUGUGAAUAUCGAGUAAUUUAUGACAGCUGAUGUGACAUCGACGAGUCUUCUUUGUAUUUAGAAAAGUUACAGUUGUGGUGGUGUAUUAAAAUUAACGAUCUACACGAGAAACCAGCGAAGGGUUCCACGGUCGCCACUGCACCAGACCGGAUCGUUAGAGCUGCGAUAAGCCUGAAACACUAUACUGUGAAAGAAACUACUGUGGAAACAGGAACUGUUAUUGUUACACGAAUAAAAUAAAAAUCCAUAUUACACCA